GGUCGAAGAUAAUGCGUGCCAUCUCGGGUAACCCCGUCUUGGAGAACGAGCAUGUCAUAAGAGACCCCUGGAGGAGUAGUGUGCAUACUAAUGUAUGUAGGUACUGAAGCAAGUCGCUCAUCAUCAUCGCGUAUUGCCUAUCCAGGGUAAUUUGACUGGGUGUAGCCGGGGGCCUAGGAGGUUUCUAAGAUCGUCAGAUGUCCGGUGCUAUGUACCCCGGGUGAGAGCCGAAGCUAUGUAAUGUGACGGUACGAGAAUGCGGAGACAUGUCACAUGAAGACUGCAGCUGAGAGAGGAUGAGACUACGAGCCUCAAACCCAUGUCUUCCUAUGCAGAGCCUUGUAAUAAUGGACCCGACCCCGACGACAAGGAAGUUCAUGCAUCUUUAUCAACAGGGCAGAGUGCUCGAGCAUUGCGGAUCCGGUGCCUUGACAUGCACCUGCGUAUGUAUGUCAUGUGAAAUACAUCAAGGGCAGGUCGCUCUCACCAACGUCUUGUUGAAGCUCAACCGGAAGAGCGCUGUUGGACCUGCGGCCCCGUCCGACGUAAAAACGAGCGAUAAGAAUCUCGACAAGGAAUACGAUAUUCUAAAGUGCCUAAAGGCCCUACUCAACAACAAAUAUGGCGCUGACGAUGCGCUCGCCCAUCAGCAAGUGGUCGUGGCUCUCGUCACGUCGCUCAUAUCACCGAGGCUUACGACACGAACCUACUGUAUAUCAAACGAGAAGCUCACGAUUCUUACUAUUGACCACUAG